CCCUUCUCUUCUCAUUUUUUAAUAUAAACCCUAAUAGAUGGUUUCUGGAUUAAUUUCAGUUGAAGGACAUGGCGCUGAAGGCGUCGGGGGCGUACAGACACUGCACUCCGUGCGUGGCGCAGAGCCAAUUCCGGAACCAAGGGGAAUCAGACGCGGAUUCUGACCUGUUCAGGUGGUCGUAUCGUCGGACGGGGAGUUCAAGCUCCGGGACCCAGAGGAUGUGGGGGAAAGAAAUGGAGGCGAGGCUGAAGGGGAUAUCGAGCUCGAGCGGAGAGGCGACGUGGAAAUCGAUGAGCGGGCGCCCAGCCGAACCGAUCUUGUUCGUCGAAGAGAGGGAACCUAAGGAAUGGGUGGCGCAGGUGGAGCCCGGGGAGCUAAUCACGUUCGUUUCGCUUCGGCGUGGCGGCAACGAUCUCAAGCGGAUUCGCUUCAGUGAACAAGAUCCCUCGUCUUUUUCAAUUGAUCAUCUUGGACUGGAGCUCUCUUUACUUUUGACUCUCCGUUAACGGUUGGUCUCACUCCGAGCCAAGCUAAAUUCACUCACAGGCACACAAAAAAAGACAAAAACAAACGUAUUUUAUAGAAGUCUAUUCUUUUUAGUCAUCCCUGGCAUGCCCCACUUUCUUGAUUGGUAUUUUAGGCUCUUGGCAUUAACGUUGAAGCUUCCUGUAAUAUCAGAGGAAGCUCAUGGAGAAGUUACCCUUACUGCCCAAGUCACCGAGGCCAAACAUGUAUAAUACAGCUGCAAAGUUAUGGAGGAUUGAGUUAUAGCCUAUGUUUGAUAUCCAUAUGUCUACUAGCAAUUCUAGGCCAUUGGGACUCACCGGAAACUGAGCAUGGAGAUGACUCCAAAUUCCGAGCUCCCAGAGGGGCGCUUCAUGUUUGAUGGCCGGCGGGAGGAUUAUCAGCCAGCUGCUAUUGAUUCCGGGUUCACCAGGAAUCCUGUUAAUCAAGUAAAUACAGUUAAUGAGACUGGUGGGAUUAGCAGCUUCCAUGAAGGACCAAAUAACAGAAUUAUUAUGGAUGUUCUGUAAGUGGGUGUCCUGUGAAGAAGAGGGUUGAAAGAGAUAGAGAGGAUCCAUCUUAUGUGAUUACAACUUAUGAAGGGGUCCAUGACCACCAGUCUCCUGAGUGUUUAAUGUUUCCUCAGGUUUGAAUUCUUUCACUAGUUAGUCUAAUCUUUACAUAGGAACUCCUGCAAAAUUUUUUGCAGCAAAAAAAACAACAUCAGCAUCGUUUUCGUUGACAUCAUACAGAGUUUUGAAAAAUAAUAAUGUUUUUAUUUU